GAUAAAUAUUAAAACGUCUCUCCUAACAAUCAUAUAAGUAAAUCUUAAAUAUGUAUUCCAUAAUUUUCAUGUUAAAGACUAAUAAUCAGCAAAUGUGUUAUUGAAAUAAUCAAUGUUAAAAAAAAUGGUCAAGGGUCCCAACUUGAAUCAAACACCAUCUUAUCAUUCUGAAAAAAAUAUGUAUGGGAGCAUUAAAAAAUUAUCUAUGAAUUAAAUCAAAGUAAAAAAAAGUGGUCUUAAAUAAAAAGGGCGUUCAAAAUUAACUUAUCAUUCAUUAAUUAAAGUGACAUGUGCGACUUAUUUCGUGUUUAAAAAUGGAUUUUGCUGCUCAAGAACUGGCAAGUAAAGACUCCACAUUUUGGAACAAUGCAGACUUGUGGAGGCAGUUUAUCCAGUAUGAGGAGGACUUUAAGAAAGUUAUAAAACAACGCGAAAUGCAAAGGAUUCCGUUCCACCACCAGUCCCCUCAAAUACUGUUUCGUAAUGAACUUAUCGCGUAUUUAAAACAGACGGCAACGCAAAAGAAAAUGAGCCAUUCUUGUUUACAUUUAGCAGUCUAUUUACUUGAUAUUUUUAUGGAUAAUCACGACAUUGUACCGCAUUAUCUUCAACUUGUAUGCAACGUUUGUCUACUAAUUGCAGCGAAAUUCGAAGAAUGUGCUCAAAAAAUCCCCAAAAUCGCCGACAUGAACGCUUUAGUAAAAAAUCGUUACUCUAGACAAGAAUACAAAUCAGUAGAGAUAUUGAUACUGAAUUUUUUCUUUGGAUACAUCAUGUUUCCCACUGCUGCACAUUACACGUACUAUUAUAUGCAGGCCUUGAUCAGUCCUGAAGAUAUGCAAUAUUUCUCAGGGAAUUCCAGGGAAUUACUCUUUGAACUUAAUGAAUCUAUCAAGAUUUAUUUGGAAUGUACAAUAGACGGUAGAUAUUCAUUUUAUGCAAUUGUACCCCCCUUCCCAGUUGGCAGCUUCAAUCCUGAGUGCUGCCAGGACCAAAGUGGGACUACCUUGUUGGACUCCUGCUUUAGAAAACUUAACAGAGUACAGAUGGGAACAGUUACAGCAUAGUCUUACAGAUAUAUUAAAGGGCCAAACAUCAGGUUGUAUUCACUGUGAAGAGUUCAAAUCUGCUUAAGUAAAAUAGCUGUUACUUAAAACACUUUUAGAGUAAUUAUUAAGUUUUGUUUACCCAUUGGACCUUUUUAGUAUAAAAAUAAAUUAGUUCUUAAGAGAAGUUCUAAGCUUA